AUGAACGCAGCAGGUGGUGCCCGCCAGGACCGAGGAAUUCACCGGGAAUUCGCGGAUUUCGGGAAUUCUGCGCCGCCCGAGCGCGGAGAGCGGCCCUGCAGCGCCCCCUGGCGGAACGGCCGGGAAUAUCGGGAAUACCGGGAAUACCGGGAAUAUCGGGAAUACCGGGAAUACCGGGAAUAUCGGGACCAUCGGGAAUAUCGGGAAUACCGGGAAUACCGGGAAUACCGGGACCAUCGGGAAUAUCGGGAAUACCGGGAAUACCGGGAAUAUCGGGACCACAGGGAAUACCGGGAAUACCGGGAAUAUCGGGACCACCGGAACCACCGGGAAUACUGGGAAUAUCGGGAAUAUCGGGACCACCGGGAAUACCGGGAAUAUCAGGAAUAUCGGGACCACCGGGAAUACCGGGAAUAUCGGGAAUACCGGGAUGACCGGCACCACCGGGAAUACUGGGAAUAUCGGGAAUACCGGGAAUAUCGGGACUACUGGGAAUACCGGGAAUAUGGGGACCACAGGGAAUACCGGGACCACCGAGAAUACCAGGACCAGUGGGGAAUACCGGGACCACCAGGACCACCGGGAUCACCGGCACUAAUGGGACUACUGGGAAUAUUGGACCAGCAGGAAUACUGGGAAUACUGGGACCACUGGGAAUACCGGCACCACUGGGAAUAUUGGGACCACCGGGAAUACCAGGAAUAUCGGGACCACCAGGACUAUUGGGACCACCGGGAAUACCGGGACCAGCGGGAAUACCGGGACCACUGGGAUCCCCACAGACGCACCCACGUUGUGUCUGUGACGCCCCCGUGGCUCCGCACACCCGCACACGCAUUUAACCAAAACCCAGCCUGUCCCUGGGCAGGCAGUGGGUUGGCGGGUGGGAGCUGUGUUUAUCCUGUGCCCCUGUUUUCCAGGGUGAAGAGGAGGAAGAUGGCUGACAAGGUGCUGCCCCAGCGGAUCCGGGAGCUGGUCCCAGARUCACAGGCCUACAUGGACCUCCUGGCCUUCGAGCGCAAACUGGACCAAACCAUCGCUCGCAAGAGGAUGGAGAUCCAGGAGGCCAUCAAGAAGCCCCUGACGCAAAAGCGGAAGCUGCGGAUUUACAUCUCCAACACCUUCACCCCAGCCAAGGAGGAGGGAGAGGGCGGCGAGCGCGUGGCCUCCUGGGAGCUGCGUGUGGAGGGCAAACUUUCCCUGGAAGGAGAAUUCCAGACAGGGACAGGCUGCCCAGAGAGCGGUGGAUCKCCCAUCCCUGGAGGUGUCCCAGGUCCCUCACGCUCCGGGCUGGGGCUGGGGCAGGGGUGGGGUCCAGGAGGGUUUUCCAUCCCCAACAGCUCCGUGCUGUCCCCGCAGCCCCCCCAGUACAAGCUGGACCCGCGGCUGGCGCGGCUGCUGGGGGUGCACACCCAGACCCGGGCCAGCAUCAUGCAGGCACUGUGGCUCUACAUCAAACACAACAAACUGCAGGACAGCCACGAGAAGGAGUUCAUCAACUGCAACCGCUACUUCCGCCAGUCCGUGUUCCCCCACAGUGUGGACCCCAAUGACCAGAAGAAGACGGCAUGCUACGACAUCGAUGUGGAGGUGGACGACCCCCUGAAGGCCCAGAUGAGCAAUUUCCUGGCCUCCACCACCAACCAGCAGGAGAUCGCCUCGCUGGAUGCCAAGAUCCAUGAGACCAUCGAGUCCAUCAACCAGCUGAAGACACAGAGGGAUUUCAUGCUGAGCUUCAGCAACAACCCCCAGGAUUUCAUCCAGGAAUGGAUCAAAUCCCAGAGGAGGGACCUCAAGAUCAUCACGGAUGUGAUCGGGAACCCUGAGGAGGAGCGGCGCGCCGAGUUCUACCAACAGCCCUGGGCGCAGGAGGCCGUGGGCCGGCACAUCUUCGCCAAGGUCCAGCAGCGCCGGCAGGAACUGGAACAAGUGCUCGGGAUCCGCCUCACUUAAGGCGGGCGGGGCUCUGGGCCGCCCCUGCCCCGCUGCCCGAGCCGGACGGUACCGACUGGAAGCCUCAGCACUUGCACAAACCCGACGUGCCUGGAGGGCUGGGAGCCCCCCGCCCCCCCGGGCUCCCCCCGGGCCGGGCACAGCGGGGUCCCCGCUCCCCACAAACCCCGCAGCGCCGCCCCCGCUUCGCAUCGCGCCCCUGCCCGAGCAGCCCCCGCGGGUUCCCCGCUGCCCAAACCCCUCCGGGAGCCGGGCAGUGCUGCCCAAACCCCUCCGGGAGCCGGGCAGCGCUGUCUGAGCCCAGCGGGAGGAGCUGCCGGCCCCUCCCCGAGCCCAGCGGGCCCUGCCCGGCCCCUCUUCGACCAAAGUUCGUCAUUCCAAAUGCCAGCCUCCCCGGCCCCCGAUGUUUUGCACUAUUUUUGUGAACAGGUUUUAUAUAAAAAAAUGCAGAAAAAAAAGGCAGCGUUUUGUACAGUGGGUUUGUAUUUGAUUAAUUAAUAUAUUGAUUGAGUUUCUCUUCCUGCACUGGGCUCAGGGGGGCUCCCAGGGCUGCUCUGGGGACACGGAACCGAGGGCUGGGGUUCAGUUUGUGACAAUCAGUUUAUUCCUUCUCCCCCUCCCGCUGUUUUACACCAUUCCAUAAUUAACCACUUGUCUUGACAAGGUUUGGGGGGCAGAGGGGGUGGCUCUGCCCCAGGAGCCUGCAGGCACUGGGGACACUGAGAACUGGAGAUACUGGGGAGGAGGGAGGGGACCACGCCACCACUGCCACCCUACUGAAGUGCCUUGGCCCCCCUCCCCCCCGCAGGCUCCCGAGGUGGGGGGGGCGUUUACAGAUUCCCAGGGUUGGGCUCAGGGGUGCCUGCUCUGCCUCUUGUGUAACCAGUUUUUGUCUAUUUUGGAUCUUUUCUAAUAAAACCAGUUAGCAGCA